GGAGUAGCUAGUAGACUCAGUAGCGUCAGUGACUAGUCUUCACUUACCAGUUUGAUUUUCACCAGUUAGCGAUAAAAUGCUGCCCUCACCAGCCCAUGCAAGCCUACGGCAGAUCAUCAGUUGCUUGUUGCCUUAGGAAAUGAGUUAAAUAUGAGUCCUGGUUACCUUGUUUAUUGAUAUUAUCACAAAAAGGAUUCGCGCAUGGCUGUAUUUCCCAUUGCAUGAGUUUUUGCAUGGCAGUGAGAGAUGGGCGUGGCUCCAGGGUCUGUGAAGUAGGUUGUGUGCCAUUUUGUCCCGUCCAUUCCUUGGGUUUACUUUCAUUUGGUGUUGGAAAGGAAGGAGAGAACACGAGAUCUUUCAGGUGUUUAAAGGAGUGCUGACAGUCAAGUUAUGAUGGCCACUAAGGAAGGGACAGCUGGGGAGCGAGAGGACUCAGGGGUGGAGGUGCGAGUUAUUGGGCAUCCUAUUGGAAAAGGUUUAUUUGCAACUAAAGACUUCAGGACCGGAGAUGUCAUAUUUGAGGAACGUCCACUUGUGUCAUGCCAGUUUUUAUGGAAUGCUGCCUAUGGGUAUCUGGCUUGUGACUUCUGCAUGAAGCCCUUGGAAGCUGCUGAGGAGAAUGCCAGCCGGCUAGCACAGAACCCUCAGCUUUCUCUACCUUUCCCAGAGUGCUGUGACACUAAGAAAGACACCUUCAUUGAAUGCCCAACCUGUGAUGCAUCGUACUGUAGCAGAGAAUGUAGAACCAGUGCUUGGAACCAGUACCACGAGACACUGUGCUUACGCUCCUAUAUGCCAGAUCCCUCCCACCCUCUAGUAAUGCUGCAGGAAGCUUGGAAACAGAUGCAUUACCCUCCAGAAACAGCUUGUGUCAUGCUCCUUGCACGGAUCAUUGCAACUGUUCGACAAGCUACAGACAAGGAAGGAGCCAUGGCCUUAUUUAUGCAGUUUUGUCAUCGCACUGUGAAUGAGGAAGAGGAAAUAGCCCAUAAACUUCUUGGUGAAGAGUUUCAAGACCAGCUGGAGACUCUGAGAACUCUGAUGGAGAAAAGUGUCUGGGCUCCUGAGGUCCAGCAUUGGUUAACAUCUGAGGGCUUCCGGUCCUUGGUGGCUCUUGUUGGCACCAAUGGGCAGGGCAUUGGCACUAGUCCACUGAGUCGGUGGGUCCGCAACUGUGAUAACCUGGACCUGUCAGAGGAGGAAAGGAAAAAACUAAAUCAAUUAAUCGAUAAUGUAUAUGACCAGCUAGAGAAAGAAGCUGGAGGGUUCCUCAACAAUGAAGGAUCAGGACUCUAUCCACUGCAGAGUUCAUGCAACCACAGCUGUAAUCCUAAUGCCAUGCCAACCUUCCCCUACAACAACUUCCAGCUGGUGAUGACUGCCGUGAGGGACAUUUCUGCUGGGGAGGAGAUAUGCGUUAGCUACCUGGAUGAAUGUAAUCUUGGCCGCAGCAGACAUUCUCGUGUUGCUAUUCUCAGAGAAAAUUACCUGUUUACCUGCAAGUGCAGCAAAUGUGAAGAGCAGGCAGGAGAACCAGAUGUCACCAGUGAAGAAGAAAUGGAGGAAGAUGAUGACUGAUUUAGAAGAUUGAACAAAGGAAAAUCAAGAGGUGAUGGGCCUGGGACUGCCACACACCAGCCAAGGUAGUGAAACUAGUCGGGUAAGUGGAGCAGGUAGACCCCAAGAUCUCCACCCAUUAGUAAUGGGAGUUACCAAUGAAUGCACACUAAAUAAAAGGUGAUAGUAAUUUUGACCUA